AAGCUGCAGCCGGUAUCAAACGAGGUAAGCAACUGUUUUCUCAAUUCAACUUGCAUUGUGUUUGCACUGGACAUCAAUGUCUAGCAUUCUCGGAGUCAAUGAUGUUGCGAUCAAGACUAUUCCGGAUUUUGGCCUCUCUCUCAUGGGUUGCGCAAACUUAAUAAGCUGAUCAGAAGGUCCAGACACUCGCUCGGUCUAUAUCUCACCGCCGGUGAACGUGUGUAGGUUCAGAACUCCACCAGGAGUCCUCGAAAAUGCCAUGGCCGUUCAGCUCUUCCAGCUCAGGAAAACCGCCCACCCCGAGCAAGUCAGAAGAUGAUGCGCGCGUCUUACCAACAUCAUGGAAUGACCUGCUGCCACAACCUGCGCCGCCAUUGCAGGCUGCUAGAGAAUGGGCUCCCGUUUUUCUGACAUCCGUCGCAUCGCUGGCAGCGUUCAUGUUCUAUCAGACCCGGCUGCGGAGGUUCCCCACAACAAAUCACAUUCAGCCAGAGCUUUUCAGAAAGAGGACUCUUCUGGGCCGAGUGACCAGUGUGGGAGAUGGCGAUAAUUUUCACCUGUUCCACACACCAGGUGGCAGACUGGCAGGCUGGGAUUGGCUGAGGAAGGUCCCCAACACCAGAGCCGCACUCAAGGGAAAGACAAUACCGAUACGGAUGGCUGGAAUUGAUGCUCCCGAGGGUGCACACUUUGGCCGGCCGGGGCAGCCAGGUGCGGCAGAAGCGCUGCAAUGGCUGAGAGGCUACAUACAGAACAAACGUGUCUGGGCUCGGAUUCACAGGCGCGAUCAAUAUGAACGCGUUGUUGCGACAGUAUACGUCAGACCGUUUCUGUUCAAGAAAGACGUCGGGCUAGAGAUGCUGAAGCUCGGGUUGGCAACGACAUAUGAAGCGAAAACGGGAGUCGAAUGGGGAGGGGCUGAAGAGGCGUACAAAGCUGCCGAGGCCAGGGCUAAGUCAAAGAAGCUUGGAAUUUGGAAUGGCAAGGCAAGUGAUUUUGAGAGUCCCAGGGCAUACAAGACAAGAACAAAUGAUACGGAGGUGAAGCCUGAGGGGAAAGCUGAAGGCAAGACGGGAGCCAAGAAAACUGGCUGGUUGUCGGGGUGGUUGUGAGGUGUAAGUCGGGAGAGAUGUUCUACCACUUCGAGGCAAGCUGCAUGCAGAUACACAAGCAAAUACCUUACGCGGCGAUACCAAUUAGCACUCUUGUACGAAAG